AUGUCAGCGCCCGGCGAGAGCGGCGCCCGUCGGCGGCAGCGCAGGAGGUGGCGCCUGUACUGGUGCUACGUGUGCCGCCGCGCGCUGCGCACCGUGUCGUCCCCGACCUCCGACGUCUUCUGCCCGCGCUGCCUCGGCCGCUUCCUCCACGAGAUCGAGCUCCCCGUGCCGCGCGAACCCGUGCACGCGCCGACCGAGCGGCUCUUCCAGCCGCCACCGUUGUUCCCGUACGAGGGCGCCCCCCGCCACUGGGUCAUAUACAGGGGCGAGGACGACGACGACGCGGCCGACACGCCAGGCCCACGUCUCCGCCGCGUCCCGUCCCCGCCGCCGGCCCCGGGAACGCACGGCGGCUUGGGCGGUGCCGAUGCCGGUCCACCGGCAACCGGCAUCGACCAGGCGGGGUUCUUCACCGGCCCCAACCUGAACGCGCUCAUCGAGGGUCUGACGCAGAACGACCGCCCCGGCCCGCCGCCCGCGCCGGCGUCGGCGAUCGACUCGCUCCCGACGGUGCACGUCUCGCCGGAGCACAUGGCGGACGGCUCGCAGUGCCCCGUGUGCAAGGAUGAGUUCGAGAUCGGCGAGACCGCGCGCGAGCUGCCUUGCAAGCACGCCUACCACUCCGACUGCAUCGUGCCGUGGCUCCGGCUCCACAACUCUUGCCCUGUCUGCCGGCAGGAGCUGCCAAUGCCGGCCGGUGAUGAAUCUCCCGAUGGCGCGGGCGCAGGCGACGGAGGCGAGGAGACGGUUCCGCCGUGGCAGCUGCUUGCCGGCUGGGGGCCACUGGCUUGGCUGCUAACGCUGGGGGAACCGGACGUGGGCGGCUGGGGUAAUGGACCUGGGCGGCGUGGGACGGAAGCCGACGCCGAUGAGACCGGUGACAAUGUCAGUCGUGGCACCACGAUUCUUCAGUCGUUUGUUCUCGUCGCUGCUUGCUUUUUCUUUGUCUCCUUUCUCGUUUGA